AUGCCUUUAUCCACCGGUUUGACUAGACGGGUCGUCCUUGGCUUUGCACCUAGCCUAAUAGAGAGCAUGAUAUCGUUGCAGAAAUGUUCCUUAAGAGUAGCUGUGGGAACACUCCGGCUCAGCUGUCUUCCCAGGACUGGCCUGCUUGAAUCUCCGAGGGCCCUAUUCAGCACUACACAUCUGAAGGAGGAGCGACAAAUAUGCAAGGAGGGAACGGCAACCCUCCAGCCUAUCCCACUGAAGUAUCGGAUCCCCCGAGGGACGUGGGAUACACAUAUGCACGUUGUGGAACCAGAGCGCUUUCCAGUUUCCGCGAAUGCAGUCUAUCAGCCCCCCGAACAUACCGUUGACGAUGCGAUAAGUUUCGAAUCUACUCUUGGCAUCGAAAAAAUUGUACUGGUUCAACCAUCCAUCUACGGAACCGACAACUCUUGUCUACUUGAAGCACUCAAAACCCUCGGACCUUCUCGCGGGCGAGGAGUCGUUGUGAUUGAUCCGACCAACAUAGACACCGAGACUCUGGAGGAAUGGCAUUCGCUGGGUGUACGCGGCGUGCGGGUGAAUCUCAAAUCAGUGGGCAAGGUGCUCAGCGAGCAUGAGCUUACCGAGACGCUGCUGCAACAUGCGCAAAUAGUACGGCCCUUUGGGUGGACUAUUCAAGUCUACGUGUCGUUGGAUAUGGUUCCCCUGCUGGAGAAAGUUGUCCCACAGCUCGGAGUCAAGCUGUGUAUUGACCAUUUUGGAGGGCCGGAUCUGGCCGCAGUUGAACACAACGGGGAAUCGUUUAACCCCUAUACGCUCCCGGGAUUUUCCUCGUUAAUCUCGCUUCUGCGAGGCGGAGAGACCUACGUGAAGAUCUCUGCCCCGUACCGUCUCAGCAAAGACGAGGAGUAUCGGGACCUGGAAGCGAUGGCCCAGGAGUUCCUUGAAGCCGCUCCGGACCGUGUGAUAUACGCCACCGACUGGCCACAUACGCGGUUCUCUGGCGUGGACAUCGAACCAUUCACCGAAACAUGUCUACGGAUAUGUGCAAAGGAGCCUGGAUUGGCGGAGCGGGUGUUUCGAGACAACGCGGAAGAGAUGUUGAGGGGGGUAUAG